AUGGAGUCGUCGGUGUCUUCUUUGAUGGACCACCUCAAUGGUGUGGAGACACGCCGUCGUGUUGUUAUGAUGAAGCGCAAAGAAGCCGAGACGCGACUGGCCUUUUCCACUGAGGAACAGCAGCAGCUGGAACAACAGACAGCACAGAAUGAGGUUCGGGCAGUGGAGCUGAAGAAAGAGCUGGACCACCUCCUUGAGGAGCAGCGGCAGCUACAGCUGCAGUUAAUGGCCGGCAUGGACACAGUCCGUCAGAG